UGAGGCAGCAGGAGAGAGAGCUGGCUCCUCCUCUGUCGGGGCGGAGGUCUGACUCUGAAAAUCUGCGCUGGCAGAAAAAGUUUGCUCAGGAGAAGCUGCGGAGUCUCUUCACUUUCAACUGUCUGGACCUUCUCCUCCCUCACCAUGUCCGGCGUGGCGUCCACUCUGGCCAAGAAGCGGGCCAUGGCCGCGGGGUUUGGCACCAACGCCAACGCGAUGCGGUACCUGAACCAGGACUUCGCGUCUCUGCGGGCGCAGUGCCGCUCCGCCGGAAAGCUUUUCUGCGACCCGACUUUUCCCGCUGCGCCCGAGGCUCUGGGCUUCAACGAGCUGGGCCGGAGCUCAUACAAGACCCGAGGAGUCACCUGGAAGAGGCCCACGGAACUGGUCUCUAACCCUGAGUUCAUCGUAGGAGGGGCCACCAGGACCGACAUCUGCCAGGGAGCUCUGGGUGACUGCUGGCUGUUGGCGGCCAUCGCUUCACUGACCAUGAAUGAAUAUGUGAUGGCCCGAGUGGUUCCCACCGACCAGGGCUUUGGAGACGACUACGCCGGCAUUUUCCACUUUCAGUUCUGGCAGUUCGGGGAGUGGGUGGACGUGGUGAUCGACGACCGUCUGCCCGUCAAAGACGGAGAGCUGAUGUUCGUCCACUCAGCAGAGGGGAGGGAGUUCUGGAGCGCUCUGCUGGAGAAGGCCUACGCCAAGGUGAACGGCUGCUACGAGGCGCUGUCCGGUGGUUCGACCACCGAGGGUUUCGAGGAUUUCACCGGAGGUAUCGCUGAGAACUACGACCUCCGGCAACCCCCGUCCAACCUGUUCCAGAUCAUCAAGAAGGCCCUAGAGGCCGGAGCGCUGCUGGGCUGCUCCAUCGACAUCACUAGUGCUGCAGACUCAGAGGCCGUCACUCGUCAGAAACUGGUGAAAGGCCACGCCUACUCUCUGACCGGCGCUGUGGAGGUGAAUUACCGGGGUCGGCAGGAGAAGCUGGUGAGGAUGAGGAACCCCUGGGGUCAGGUGGAGUGGACCGGAGCCUGGAGCGAUGGGUCCUCUGAGUGGAACUCGGUGCAGGGCGACUGUCCUCACGCCAACGCAGAGGACGGAGAGUUCUGGAUGUCCUUCAGUGACUUCCUGCGUCACUACUCCCGGAUCGAGGUGUGCACUCUGACACCCGACACCAUCGGUGACGACUCCGUCAAACACUGGAGCGUCAGCAAGUUUGACGGCACCUGGAGGAGGGGCUCGACGGCUGGGGGCUGCAGGAACCACCCCUACACGUUCUGGAUGAACCCUCAGUUCGUGAUCCGGCUGGAGGAGGAGGACGACGACCCCGAUGACGGCGAGGUGGGCUGCAGCUUCGUUGUCGGUCUGAUCCAGAAGAACCGCAGGAAGCUGCGAAAACAAGGCGAGGACAUGCACACCAUCGGGUUCGCCAUCUACGAGGUUCCACAACAGUUCCACGGGCAGCGGGAAGUGCACCUGGACAAGAACUACUUCCUGACGCACGCUCAGACGGCGAGGUCAGAAACCUUCAUCAACCUGCGCGAGGUCAGUUCCCGCUUCAAGCUCCCUCCUGGAGAAUACCUGAUCGUCCCCUCCACCUUCGAGCCGCACAUGAACGGGGACUUCUGUAUCCGGGUCUUCUCCGAGAAGCAGACAGAGACCCAACCCUGUGACGACCCGGUCCACGCUGACCUGGAGGACGAGACGGUGUCUGACGAGGAGGUGGACGCAGGGUUCAGAGGCCUCUUCACUAAACUGGCCGGAGACGACAUGGAGAUCUCUGCGGCGGAGCUCAGGACCAUCAUGAACAAGAUUGUGGCCAAACGAACUGACAUCAAGACGGACGGCUUCAGCAUGGACACCUGCAGGAUCAUGGUCAACCUGAUGGACGACAGCGGGAACGGGAAGCUGGGCCUCGGAGAGUUCGCCACGCUGUGGAAGAAGGUUCAGAGAUACCUGUCCAUCUACAAGAAGAAUGACUCUGAUGACUCGGGCACCAUGAGCACGCCAGAGAUGAGAGUGGCCUUCAAAGACGCAGGUUUCACCCUCAACAACACCAUCUACCAGCUGCUGGUGGCUCGAUACUCCGACCCCGACAUGACCAUCGACUUCGACAACUUCGUGGGUUGUCUGAUGAGACUGGAGAUGAUGUUCAAGAUCUUUAAGAAGCUCGACGCUCACGACAGCGGCUCCAUUGAGCUCAACUUCAAUCAGUGGUUAAACUUCGCCAUGAUCUGAGCCGUGACUCCAUGUUCGCCUGGAGCCUCAGUGUUAAAGCAGCAAGCCAUAUUCCUGUUUACAGCCGCCGCUUCUUUUAGACUCCUAAUGUUUUAUAUGUGAGGCUUGUGUUUUAUUAUCUAUACACUACCUGACUUACAGUCGAUGUAAAGACAAUAAAUUUAUCCACAAAACCUU